AUGAUUGGUGAUCGUUACUUGGUUAGUAGAAGUAGUUUGUUUAAAAUGUUGAUGAAAGAUGGUGGUCAGCAACAACAACUCCAACAACAACAACAACAAGUACUAGAUGAAAAAGAUAUAAAUAAAAGCGAUGACUAUUCAACGUCUGAUGAAGAGGAAGAAAACGAUCAGCAACGAGAUCAAAGAAUCAGAAGAACCGACAGUAUCGUUGCUUAUAAAUCAAAGAAUGGCACAUUUUUGAAUAUCAGAAGUUCAGUCGACGAACAAAACAACAAAAAUAUCGCAGACGACAGCAGUGAGAGUAGCUCAGAGAAUCAAGAUUUCGAAUAUUCUGGCACUGAGCCAGUGUCUGUAUCGGUAUCUUCAUCCACUACUACCACAACUACUUCUUCUUCUUCUACCGCUGCUUGUAGUAGUAGUCAAAUAACCAACGGAAAUCAUUGUAUUAAUAUAUCAACAAACAACAACAACAACAAUAAUAAUGUAUUGUCAGUAUCUACCAAUCCAAUUCCAUCGAAUUUAACCAAUAGAAGAGAUUCAGUCGAUUCGAACGAUCCAAACUUUGGCUAUGAAGACCAACCUAUCUACAAAACGAUAUCCGAUCCAAUUCCAACCGAUUUGAAACCAAUCAACUCUCCAAUUCCAAACAGACCAGUAUUCAAAGUGGAACUCUCACCCGAGAAUGAACUCAUCAAUCAAUCACUGAUAGCACUACGUACAUCGUUACUAAACUCUAACAGCGAAGAUAAACAACCAAUUACACAAGAUCAAUUUGAAUUAAUUAAAAAAUAUAGAAUAUCAAUCGAGAAAAGAUCACUGAUAAAGGAUUUUGCACCAAAUGUUUUUAAAGAUUUAAGAAGUAGAUUGAAUAUUGACCAAACUAAAUUUUUAAAAUCAUGGUCAUCUUAUAUAUCAAAUGAAGCACAAACCAAACAAAAUAGUAAUAGUUUCACCAUCUACUCUUCUGAUAGAAAAUAUAUUUUAAAGACAAUUAGCAAAGCUGAAUCGAUUAAAUUAAGAAAAUUACUACCACAUUACUAUGAUUAUUUAACGUAUAAUUCAAAUUCAAUGUUACUUAAAUAUCUUGGUUUGUUCAGAGUUGACAAGAGAAUGAACCAGAAUUUCUAUGUUGUAUUAUUAUUAAAUGUCUUUAACACCUGUUGCAACGUCGAUCAAACCAUAUCGACGAAACAAUCGAGCGAAUCACUCAAAAUCAAAUCUCACAAGAAAAUACAACUCGAUCCAACACUAAAGAGUGCCAUUUAUAAACAAAUUGAAAAAGAUACAACAUUUUUAUCAACACAUGAUUUAGCUGAUUUUAAUUUAAUCAUUGGAAUUAAUAAGAUCGAUAGUAAACAUGAACAAGAAUCGAUAGUAGCUGCUGGUGAAUCAGAUACACCGACUACAACGGAGCUGUCAAGUUCCAUUCAAUCACAUCCACCUCUACAACAACACGAUGGUCUGUCAUCGUCUGCUUCGUCCACACCAACCUCCUCUGUAUUUACACCACAACUCAUCACAUCGUCACUGGAACUGAAUUCAUCAGUCGAUACAAGUGCUCCUGUUAUUAUUGAACCAAUUAAAACAGUUCCAAGAUUAUUAUUCUUUGUUGAAGAAGUUGAAUGUAUAACGAAAUCCAAUAACUUUACUAUUAAUAAAUCAUUGAAAAAGUCAUUUUCAACGCUGCCUAGAUCUUGGACAUCAGAGACUGUCGAAGAUCCAAUCGGUAAUAUCAGUGGUCCAUAUAGAACCGACAAAAACACACAACCAACUAUCAACAGUAUGACUCAGAGUUUUAUUCUACAGACCGAUAGCAGUGAGAUGUCCAGCUCUCUACCACCAUCGCUAUUCAACUCACUACCAAGUGUAUUACCACUUUCACAUAGAGCAUCAUUACAACUUAGUCAACAAAAACAACAACAACCAAACAACAAUAAUAGCAAUAACAAUAACAAUAACAAUGUAAAUUCAAUGAAUGGUAGUAGUAAGUUAUCUUCAUUAUCUCUUACUUCGAAUAGCAGUGGUGGCAGUGGCGGAAGUGGCUUCCUCACACCUCAGCAACAACAGAAUCAACGUCGUUGUAUCAAUGGGUUCAUCUCUGAGAAUAACAAUGAAAUCUACUACUUUUGUAUAUUAGACCUGUUGGCUAGUGUCGAGUCAACCAAACAGAAGGUACCGAUCAAGCUGAUGAGCAAGGUCAGACACAGCUCACCGAACAGUCCAAACACUUUUUUGAAAAAGUUUCUCAACAAUGCAAAGAAUCUGUUGUUCCUAGACAACAGUGUCCAAACUAUAAACUCCAACUAUAGCAACAGUACCGGUAUCACAGUUAACAAUAAUAACAUUAAUAAUAAAUUUGGUACACUACGUAAAUAA